AUGGUCGAGGAACUGCUGCUUGUCCCCGAUCGUCCAGUGGUCGAGGAAACUGCUGCUUGUCAGUCUCUCGACCUCACAGGAGGCACCAUGUCGAAUCGUGAUUUUUAUACAAAGAAUUUCACUCAAUGUAUUAGUUUCAUUGGCUUAGUAGAUCUCUUAACAUCUAUAGAGAUUAUUCCGGAUUUCAUAGUUGGUCAUUUUGCUGGUGAACUUGCUUACGCAGACGGAUGUCUGACUAUGGAACAAACUAUUCUGUCAGCGUACUUUAUUGGUUUAGCAUGUGUGAAAGAGAAACUAGUUCAUAGCUCUAUCGCAGUUGUCAAUUAUGAUUACAAUUCUCUUAAAGAUAUAUGUCCAGCAGAUAUUGAAAACAACAACAUUGACGUAAAAGCAAUUUACUUCAAUAACAUGCCGCAUCACAGUCGUUACCUCGCUUCUCUGAAAUCGCAAUUUUUUACAAAUUUAAACAAAAUAAUUUCACAGCCAAAAGAAAGGAGUCCCAAAUGGAUCAGCACCUCCGUACCUCGCAAGGAAUGGUCCAAUCCAGCAUCAAAAUUAUGCUCAGCAAGUUACCAUACGCAUAGUAUAUUAAACAUCGUUUUGUUUGAUCAAACAACGCAUAUGGUACCAAACGACGCUGUAAUUAUCGAAAUUGCACCAAAUAGCAUUUUACAGAACAUUUUGAAAGAAUCGGUACAUUCCAAAGUAACGAACAUUGUACUGACAAAACGAAAUGAACCAAAUACUAUCAAUUUACUAUUGCAAGGGAUUGGAGAACUCUACAACUGUGGCCUCCAACCGCGGAUUGCUAAUUUGUAUUCACUGGUGAAUUUUCCAGUUAACCGAGGUACUCCUAUGAUCUCUCCAUCUAUAAGAUGGAAACAUGCUGAAGAUUGGUUUGUACAUGAUUAUCAAAAUCAAAAAUACAUGAAAUUCAGAGGCAAACAAGUAGAAAUCAUGACGGAUAACGAAGAUUAUGGCUAUAUGACCGGUCACAUCAUUGACGGAAGAAAUUUGCUACCAGCGACAGGCUAUCUAGUGCUUGUUUUGGGAACCAUUGGAAUGAUGAAGGAUAAAUACAAAACAUCAAUACCAGUAGUAUUUCAAAAUAUAAAAUUUAUUCGGGCUACUCAUUUAUUAAACGAUGGCCUUGUUAAUUUGACAAUUGUGAUACAGAGAAAAAGCGGCAAAUUUGAAGUCACCGAAGAAGACAGCGUUGUUGUAACAGGUGAAGUACACGCUGUAUCAAAUGCCGAACAAGAAAUGGUGCCGAAUGAUCUGUUGUCGGUAGAUACUGACGAGGAAGAACAUAUGACUUCUCGAGACAUUUACAAGGAAUUAAGGCUACGCGGUUACCAAUACAGUGGUGCAUUUUGUGGCUUAUAUAGCGCAUCAGUCUCAGGCAGCAAAGGACACAUCACUUGGACAGGUAAUUGGGUGACAUUCAUGGACAACAUGCUGCAGAUUUCUAUAAUUGGAAAAGAUACCAGAGACUUAUAUAUUCCAACAAGUAUUGAAAAAUUGGUAAUUAAUCCUGCACUUCACGCAUCAAAAUUGCGGGACAUGACAUCCGAAAAAGAUAAACGGUUUAUUAACUGCUUGAGGAAAGAGCCUGGUGGAGAGUUGGUUAGAGGUGUGCUUAUUCAAGAUAAACAUGCUUCUAAAUUUUCUCUACAAGAUCCGUUCUAUAUGCAACAAUUACAAAAAGAUAUGUUUGUCAGCGUUUUGCGACCUAAUAAAACUUGGGGAUCUUACCGACAUUUGCGAUUACCACAUUCAGAAGUCGAAUCCGUAAAUGCCGCCUAUGUAUGCCAAACGGUUCGAGACGAUUUAAGUUCUUUCUGUUGGAUGGAAAGCGAUAUAUCUGUCGAAUCUCAUGCCAAAGAUAUAGUAUGUGUGGUCUAUUCGUCCAUCAAUUUCAGAGAUGUAAUGCUAGCAACUGGCAAAUUAACAUCGGAUUUCAUAAAGUCGAAUCGGCUUCAGGACAUGAGUCUUGGACUGGAAUAUGUAGGAUACGAUGUCAAUGGACAGCGAGUUAUGGGACUUUCUGACAAUAAGUGCAUAGCGAAUGUCGUUGUACGAGAUAAAGAUUUAUGUUGGAAUAUACCCGAUUCAUGGACAUUUGAAGAGGCGGCCACAGUGCCGUGCAUUUACAGCACGAAUUAUUAUGCCUUAUAUUAUUUUGGAAAAAUGAAGAAAGGUGAUAAAGUACUUAUCCACUCUGGCACUGGUGGCAUUGGACAAUCAGCUAUUCAUCUCGCUCUUCAGGAAGGAUGUCAAGUGUUUACUACCGUGGGCACUGCAGAAAAACGUAAAUUCAUCAAAAAACUGUUUCCGGCUAUUCCCGAAAAACACAUUGGAAAUUCGCGAAACACGAGUUUUGAGCAAAUGAUAAUGAAACAAACAAACGGUCGCGGCAUUGAUAUUGUAUUAAACUCAUUGGCGGAAGAAAAACUUAUAGCGUCUGUUCGCUGUUUGGCAAGGGGUCGUUUUCUAGAAAUUGGAAAGUAUGACAUUUUAUCCAACAACCCUCUAAACAUGUCUUUAUUUCAAAAAGGAAUCAGUUUUUAUCCAGUUCUGUUGGAUGCAAUGUUUACCAGUAAUCAUAAAAAUAAAUCUCGGUUAUCGAAAUUAAUGGCUGAAGGUUUAAAAAAUGAAAAUAUUAAGCCUAUUCAAACGACAGUUUUUUCUAAAACGGAGAUUGAAGCAGCUUUUAGAUACAUGGCAAGCGGUAAACACAUGGGAAAAAUUAUUUUAAACAUACAAGAGGAUGGUAAAUCUUUGGAUUCACCUGUUCUUGCAUAUUGUCGUUAUUACUGCCUCAAAGAUAAAACUUACGUUAUAUUAGGCGGAUUGGGUGGAUUUGGUUUAGAGUUAACUGACUGGUUGAUACUUAGAGGCGCUAAAAAUGUCGUACUAACUUCGAGAACUGGAAUAAAGAAUGGCUAUCAGCGAAUGAGAAUUGAGUUAUGGAAAUCGUACGGUGUAAACGUGCAGAUAGUUAAAGACGCAAAUCUUGCUAAUACCGAAGAAUGUGAACAUUUCCUACAAAUGGCGGAGACACAAGCACCAGUAGAUGCGAUAUUUAAUCUUGCUGUGGUUUUGAAAGAUUGUCUACUUAAAAACCAAACCAUGGAAACUUUCACGGAAUCUUUUAUGUCAAAGGCCUGGACGACACAGACAUUAGAUAAAGUAUCUAGAAAGAUCUGUUUAAAACUUCGACAUUUUGUAGUGUUUUCUUCCGUUUCUUGUGGAAGAGGGAACGCUGGGCAAACUAAUUAUGGAAUGGCCAAUUCCAUCAUGGAAAGAGUGUGCGAAAAAAGAGCGGAGGAAGGACUACCCGCAUUGGCAAUUCAAUGGGGAGCUGUAGGUGACGUAGGUCUCGUCGCUGACAUGCAGGAAGUCAAUAAAGAGUUAGUUAUCGGUGGGACUCUGCAGCAGAAAAUAUCUUCCUGUCUUAUAGAACUAGAAAAAUUUUUGCUCCAAAACCGACCGAUCGUAAGCAGCAUGAUCGUAAGUGAAAAGAAAACGCGGUUAUCCGGAUUAGACAACAUAGUGGAAAUCGUUGCUGAUAUUAUGAGUAAGAAUUAACAAACAGAUUACUUUCUGUUAUUGCCUACUUAGAACGUAAUAAUUUUUGCAUGCAUUAUUUAUUUCGAUAUCACAACAUCCCAAAAGUCAUUGUUGCACGCGCAAAUGCGUAC